UUGGCUGCUGCAGUGCGACAUCGGGGGCGACUCCGCAGAAGAAGCGGCCAGCUUUAUGUUUCAUUUAUUUGCAUUUAUAUCUAUUCUAUUUUUUUAAAACCACAAUUUGCUCUUAUAUCGAUAUAUUUUCCUUUUAAGUGUUUGUUUUUUCGUGUGUCUAAAAACCCCAAUACGGCCCGUAAAAGCUGAAUAUUUAUGCCAGCUUUUUUAGACUAAUGCUGCAUUCGCAGAACAUCGGAAAUACUACAUUUUCAAAAGCCCACUCAAAGCUCAAUAUGGUCCUAUCAAUAUGAAAAUUAAAUCCAUAUCGUAUUGUUCUGUUAAUACGGGCUUAUAGCGCAACAUAUAAUAUUUCAGAUAAACCAUCUUAUUUUAACACUUUUUAGGUAUGAUGACAUGAACGCGUCACUAUUAGUUGUCGCAUCUUUGCUUUGUUGGUAUAAAAAUUACGAGCUUUCCCUGAAGGCAGCAGAUACUGUCCCGUCCGGCAAAGUUAGCUAGCCUUAGCAACCCAUGGAAUUACAGCGCAGCAUCUUUCCCACGCAAUGACGCAAAAUAUUCCCACACUUCCUUGAUUCCACGAGACCAGAAGAUGAGGCGGUUCUGUGCGGACAACAAUAACUUCCCCAAUGACAACAACAACCUGGUGCUGGACAUGGUCCUGGGCUCUCUGUGGGAUGUGGUCCAGCCCAUAAACUGGGACAAUGUUGCCAAGCUGGUGCCAGGCUUCACUCCCAAAGAGUGUUCCCGUCGCUUUGAGGAGCUGAAGAGCUCGGGGGCGUUUCCACACGUGGACUAUCAGUGCAACACCUUAAGUGAAGAAGGCACGCCAGCUCCAGAAGGCACGUCCACGCUGCUGGACACGGAGGCCGUGGUCGAAAAGGAGGGAAGCAGCCAGAGCAAAACACCAGGCGGGAGGUCGAUCCCCUCAGGAAGGGGCGAUCCUGUGGAGAAGGAGAAACGAGCCACUGCGGUGGAGGAGGACACGCCCCAAAAGUCUGGAGAUCCCAACAUGGUGAUCCACGUCUGUGACGAGACCAAGAACCUGAAGCAGGACUUCACGUGUCCCAGAGAUCUGCUGGUCAAAGAGAUGCGUUACUUUGCUGAGUAUCUGUCCGUGGACGCGCAGAGGUGGGAGGAAGUGGACAUCUCGGUUCACUGCGACGUGCAGAUCUUCGACUGGCUCAUGAACUACGUGAGGAGGAACUCUGCCGGAGAGGGGAACAGGGACAAGCCUCGGCUGGAGCCCAGCAAUGUCAUCUCAAUCCUGAUCUCCUCCGAGUUCUUGAAGAUGGACACGUUGGUGGAUGAGUGCAUCCAGUACUGCCACAAGCACAUGAGCGCCAUUGUGGCCACGCCCUGCAACAUGAACUGCAUCAACAGCAACCUGACCACGCUGAUCGCCGAGCUUUUCAACCACAACGAAGCCGACGACAUCCGGGACAAAAAGGACAAGUUCAAGAGCAAACUGUUUCAGAAGAAAAUCGAGCGUCUCUUUGAUCCGAACUGCCGGAGCAGGGAUUCUCCGGGAAACGCCUCCUCCCUGUACAGGUGUGGACAGUGCCUCAAGCUGCUGACCAAAGACACGGAGAGGAGCAUUUCCUGUCUUCCAGGAAAAAUCAACGUGGAUGCUCGAGGAGAAAUCGUCUACACACACUCCAGGCAGAAGAGCUGGGAUGUCCACGAGUACAUCAGGGGUCUCUACGAGGAGCUCAAGUCCUGGGUCUCAGUUUAUUGGAGAAUCUGGGGAACCAUCAACCACCUGACCUGCUCCCGGUGUCAGCAGGUGUUUGUGUGUGCAGAGCUGACGUGCUGCAGGUACCACCCUGACAGCGUGCUGUACCCGGGGGCGGGGGCAGACAAAGGCUGGCACGGAGCGGGAGUUUACCCCUGCUGCAGGAAGAGGGUCCUCCGCUUCGACCCAACGGGAACGCCAAAGGGCUGUAAGAUGCGGGACCACAUAGUGAGCGUCCCCAGCGAGGAAGGCUGUGACGAGGCCACGUCAGCGCAGGUCAGAGUCCUCAACGACCUGCUGCUGCACAGAGACGCCGUGUGUUUGUCCAACUCUUCACCUGUGGACAGCAGCGAGGAGAGCCCGUCCGGACCCGAGAAGGUCCAGGACUGCGACUCUCUGCUGGAGCCGACGCUCCUGGGACCUCUGAAGGGGGGCGGCAGCUCUUUUUCCUUUCUGAAAAACUGGAGUCUCCAGCUGAAGCAGCAGUCUCUGUUGUCGGAGGAUGAGGACUACACCACAGGGUCAGAGGUCACCGAGGACGAGGUCGGGGACGAAGAGGAGCAGUCCAAGAAACAAGCUGCUAAAAAGGCCAAGAGGGGUCAGCGACCUCUGAAGAAGCAGCUGUCCUCUCCCAACUUCCAGCGCAAAGAGAAACCAGAGAAGUCGCAGGGCAGAGACAGCACGCCUUUCACAGUGAGCAUCCAGAAGAGCAAGUGGGACGUCUCCCGCUCCCUGCGCUACAACCAGGACGCCCAGAGGGAAGAAGACCAGCGCCGCAUGGUGGAGAUCAUCAGUCACCUGACCAGGAUGAGGUUUGGAGAUGAGGAGCAGAGUAAAUCCAAGGACACAAAGGAGCCUCCAGGGGGAAUCUACGCCCGGCUCGAAGCGCAGUUCAAGAACUCGUCCCAAGCCAGGCAGAGCGCUGAGAAGACGCCCAGGCCCAAAAUGCGCUUCGCUCAAGUCCGGACGACAUAAGAAGAACUCCUGAUCAUCUUCAGUCACCCAUUGAUGGGUCACCGCCGCCCUCCACAGCCCGGUUCUGUUUGUGCAGCUGCCGCCGGAAACAGCCCCUGCAGUUGUCCGGCGAUGGCUUGAACCCGGAGUCCAGGCCGUCAGGCCUCCCCCUCCCCUACGGUCCCACAUUCGUCCUCCUUCAGUGUUCUCCUGUAGCUCUGAAUUGUGACCGAUUAAAAGAGAAAUGCAACCCAGCUGCUGCUGCCGGUUCCUCCACUAGAUGGCAGACGAUAACCUUGAGGGGCGGUCACCGGGUUCUGAACAAUCGCCUUUGCUCUAGUUUGAACAUGACCCCCCCCAGCACUAAUACUUUAACCAGUGGUAGCCAGGACUCAGACUCGGGUUCCAACAUCAGGGUUCCUGAGCGGAGCUGGGGGGGUGGAGGGGUGUUACCCAGCUGUUCCCACUUUCUCCUCAACGGCAGAUACCAGGAAUGACUGGGGCUGGGAAGGGGUCCAGUUACAGUCGGACUCAGAAGGAAGGCCGAACACACCAAACAUCCAGUGACUGACAGGGGUGCUGAGUCGCCAUGGAAACCCACUCAAAUUCAUCUACAGGAAGUGCUGAGUCUGAAAAUUUUUAUCCCAAAACAUCCGACUAAAUAUAUAAAAUAAGGUUGACGGGCUGGAGCCAGAGUGCCUCCUUCCUCUGCCUGACUUGGGUCGUAUCCUUGAAUGUGAGAGCGGCGCGUUAGUCGGGAUCACUGGCAGGGUCGCGUUUCACGCCACAGAGCCAGGACAGACGUGUGAGCGGAAGUGAGCGGACGCCGUCUCAGGAUUAUGACGGGGCUUUUCAUCCUCGGAAGGUUGCCACUGAUUCACAGUUUAAUGCAGAGAAAAGCACAGGAGCCAGUGGGAUGGGAGCCGGUGGGGCGGAAGCCGAUGGGGCGGGAGCCGAUGGGGCGGGAGCCGGUGGGGUAGCAUCUGCGUGAAGAUUUCAUGUAAUCCAUGGACACCAGUGAAGAUGACAAAUCAUUGAAGAAAAAAGGUUCAGAGCACUGUCUAGUGGGUCUAGAUGACCCAACUCCCAAUGUUAAAGUACCAAGGAUAGCACAAGGGUUACACAAACACUGAUUUGUCAAACAGACACAAAUACGAUUCUAUUUAGUUAUAAAUAAAAACUGUUUUCAUUUAUGAAAUUAUACUGGAAUUAUGAUGAUAAAAAUGUGGAUUUUCCAUCAUAAAUAGAAAAUUAUCAUUUUGACUCAAAACUACUCAAAUAAAUCGGCUCCAUGCUCUUUCACUUUCUAGGGAUUGAUUUGGUUUGAUCAGACUUUAGUAAGUUGUCCCUUUUGGUUCUUCACACUUUUACUUGAAAGGUGGAACAAACUGCAGUCCUGGGGUCAACACAAAUAAAAACAGACAUUUCCUGACAAGCACAAUCAAUGGUUUCAGGGGGCGGAGCUUCCCAGGAAAACAAUCAUUGACUAUCAAAGAACUGGACUGAGUCGAUGUGAUAUCACCUAGAGAAAAUGACUUCUGGCUCCACCCACAGGAAGGCAAUUCAGUGAACGCUUCCAUGUUGGAUCCAGACAACGUCAAAAAGCUCCGAUUAGUCGGAAUCCUUCAGUCAUUUCUAUGGCAACCACUCACCAAUCCAAAACAAGCUUGUUGGAAGGCCACACCCCAAAAUCUGUCAGACAUUUUGAACAUUUAACGUGAGACCCCAUACUUUAAUUGAGGAUUCUGAUUGGUCAGUUUAUAACUUGAAUAAUUUGUGCCGAUAAAGAGAAAAAUAUCAAGA